CAUCCAUGAUGGACGAGCGAGGAGGUGUGAUUCCAGGAGCCACUGUUGCUCCUGUCGAUCCGGGCUUCUUCGUGCCCCCCCCCCCCUUCUCGGCCGCUCGCCCUCCUCCACCCCCACGACCUGGUUACUCCGCUCUAUGCAAACGCCGCCCCCUCCGUCUUUCCCUUCUCGCGCGUACUUCCUUAUCUGGCCUGGUGCAGACUCGCUGUUGUUCAAUAUUUGAUGAGACUUUGUUCAUAAAUCAAGCCUCUCUAUUCCCCGCUGACACACUUGAAUGAUAGUGUUAAUCUCCCCAUGCUUGCGGAACGAUGUCUUACUAGAAUAUAUUUUCCAUAGGUCGAACCCAUUCUGUCUCGUGUGUUGUGGUUUUCUGCCCGUCUGAAUUCCUGGCGCUGACAGACGCGUACGUCCCGCCCUGUCACUGCCACAGCGUCCUGGGGGGAAUCCUUCCACCCAGAACUGCUCGACCAGCAGACUUCCGUCAAAGCGUGGACAGAGCGCGCUCGCUCGAAUCCUCGGCCUCUCAAACGCUGCUCACUUUAAAGCGAAGGCAUUUGGGGCAAUUUACACAAAGAAGGCCCGAAAAAGUAGCUUCAACCGGCAUCGGGGACCUAAUUGUGUUCUAGCAUUAACCGUUCUCUUGGUGAUACUCACUAAACUCAUCAAAUGUUGUAUCUUUGCGUAUUGGCUUGCUUCCUUAUCUCUACAAUAUUAUUUAUGUCAAUUCCAGGCCACUGUAAGCUGAGCCAGACACCUGUCGAUGUUCCUUGAUCACCGAUAGAGGUUGAUAAGUCAAAAAUUAUAGAUCACUUUAUGCCCCUUAACCUGCAUCUGUGCCAUAUUUUUACAUAUUCUAUUAACAGCCGAUCGACUGUUUAUGUACUUGCAUGUUGUUAGUCUGUGAUCGAACGCCUCUAGACGUGUGUCCUCAUUUGAGCUCGUCUCCAUUGGUUCCAUCUGUCCGUCCGAGCUCCGGCGAAACUCAUCUGUUUCAGACUCCCAGCUCAUUCGCUAUUCAGAGCGCCGAUCAGCCAAUGAGGCGCUGGGAGAUUCCCCCGCAUCAUUCGCCACCAUCACCGCAGCUGCUGGCAACGGCCCCCGGAUCCGCAUGGCGGCAAACGCCCGGAGCCGCGACUCGCCACAGAACCGGGACAGAACAUACGGUGGCGUCAGCUAGCAACGAGACGAUCUUAAAGCAAAAAUCCACCUGAAAAACAGAGUAUUGUUUUAGCUCCAUUCAUUGAUAUCAGGACUUCAUUCAUAAAGGGAAAAUCAGUGUAACUGGUAUACUCACAAUUCUCUGCCUACAAGCAGCACGCUGCCAAUUUUAGUAAAUCAUUCAUAGCAUGUGGGCAAUUUUGACAGUGAGUACAGGGUCAGUCACAGCACCUGAUUUAAAAGCAACACAAGCAUCACGGCGAGCAGGAGUAAUCAGGGGGGUGGAGUUUUCCUUUAAGAGGCUCCCAUUUGGCUGUUAGCCCUGGGUUGCGCCUCAGACGGAGCUCGGGCUCCAUCAUCGGAAGUCGCAAUGAUCUUGACCUCGUGUGAAGCUAAAUUGCAUAUCCAACUCGCACUCCUCUGCAAAGAACCUGUGAUGCCAAUUCACAGCGUUUAUAUAUAGCCCGCCUUUCAUCAGCCUGCUAUUCCCCGUUGCAUUCCCAGUGGCUAAAUGGAAAAUGUGGACCAGCUCUGUGCUCAUUCACACAUGUGGACUUAUUAGCAUCGCCGGUGGCUAGAUCCUCUAUUAUUGCACAUACUAGGAUAACACACAUUCUAAUUUUAAGCUCACUCCAUCAGUGUGAUGCCAAGUGUCAAAUGACCAACGUUUACUUCCUUCUCUACCUGUUUCCCCACAGCAUGUUUCUAAGGAUGGCGCCGGUCUCAUGGGAUAGCCAUGUUUUGUCCUCAUGACAGCUAUGUCACUCAGCCCUCUCUGCAGUGACCCCUGCACAGAAAAGGAUGCUGGGAAAUAACGAGCACUUUUAUCCCGGUCAGGAUGACAAAGACGGAGAGGAUGAGGAGGAGGAAGAGGAGCAGGCAGGAGAGAACGGGGAAGGGGACCGGGGACGAGACACGGAGAAUGGAGUGUUAGAGGGUCUGGAGGAGAGGGAGAUGACGGGGGGACGACAGUCCUGGGAAGGCAAGGGCGGCGACGCCAUGAAACCGGCAGCCAUUGUGGUGGGCAGACAGAGGGCAGAGCGGCCGUUCAGGCCCGGCCUUCUGGGCAGCCGGGGAAUCCCCUACACGGCCGGUCACGUCCCGCUUUAUCACCACGCAGCCAGUAAACAGCAGAAUUUGAUCGCAGCCAAUCAGCAGCCUCACCACCCGGGACUGAACGCCCUCCAGAAAAGACGGGCCCCAAUGGAGCGCAGCAUGACCACGGCGGCGCCGCUGGAGGACGCCUUCCUCACCAUGAUGGUGUUUCGGGUCGGGAUCCCUGACAUCAAACAAACGAGAUGUCUCCAGUUUGACCAGGACUGCACCGUGUGGCACGCCAAGCAGCAGAUCAUCUGCUCCCUCACCGAGUCGCUGUGGGACGUCUACAACUACGGCCUCUUCCUUCCGGCGGGAGACGGACAGGACGCCAAGUUCCUGGAGGAGGAGCGGGCCCUGAGGGAGUACGCACAGUCCUUUGAGAAGGGAGUGCCUUAUCUGGAGUUUAGAUACAAAACCAGAGUUUAUAAGCAGACUAAUCUGGAUGAGAAGGCUCUCGCCAAGCUCAGCUCAAAGGCCAGUCUGAAGAAGUUCCUGGAUUACGUUCAGACUGGAGCAAUAGAGAAAAUGGCAAAAAUCCUGGAUAAAGGUCUGGAUCCAAAUUUCCACGACCCUGACAACGGAGAGACCCCGCUCUCCGUGGCCAUGCAGUCCGGCCUGUCGCUGGACGGCAUCAGGGUGCUGGUCCAGGGAGGGGCUCACUUGGACUUCAGGACCCGGGACGGCCUGACGCCGCUGCACAAAGCCGUGCGGGCCCACAACCCCGGCGGGCUGAUGGCCCUCCUGUCCCUGGGGGCGUCUCCGGACUAUAAAGACCGCUGUGGCCUGACCCCGCUGUACCACACUGUACUGGCAGGGGGCGACACCUCCUGCUGCGAGACCCUGCUCUACUACCGGGCAAAGUUGGGGACGAGGGACGAGAACGGCUGGGACGAGAGUCACCAGCGCAGGGAUGAAGAGGAGUUUGGAAUGGAAGAAAUACAUAAGGCUUGUCAGAACGGCUUUGCCCAGCACUUGGAGCAUCUGCUGUUUUACGGAGCAGACACCACGUCUCAAAACGCCUCAGGAAACACCGCACUUCACAUUUCGGCCCUGUACAACAAGGAGAGCUGUGUCCGCGUUCUCCUGUACAGGGGAGCCAAUAAAGAGGCCAAGAACAAGCACGGUCAAACCCCUUUUCAGCUUGCUGUAAUGUCUGGUCACUUUGAACUCGGGGAACUUCUGAAGAACCACAAAGAUUCGGACGUAGUGCCCUUUUUGGAAUCUCCAAAGUAUGUUCCUAAGAGAAGAGAGAGUUCCCACACGCUGCCUCUUCCCUCGCUUCACUCCCACCCUCUGCUGCGAGCCAACAGCGAUAACACCAUGACCCAGUCGGACCCCCUGGGGUUGCCCAUCAAGGCUGGAACCAAUCCCAACCCCGGACAGGCCCAGCGCAGGGCCUCCAUAGGCAUGAGAAGCUCCAGCAGCCCCAGAACCCGCACCCGGUCCCCAUCCAGAGGAAGGGGAGGAGGCCAAAGCGACACCGAGGAGAGGCAUCGGCAGCCACGAGGCCGACACGGGGCAACCUCGGCGGGCAGCGGGGGAGGUCAGGUGAAGCGCAUGUACAGCGCAGUGCCGGGGCGGGUGUACGUGGCCACUCGGGCCCACUCGGCCGCCGGAGACAGGGAGCUGUCCCUCAGCAAAGGGGACAAAGUUAAAGUGCUGAGUGUGGGAGAGGGGGGGUACUGGGAGGGCACAGUUAAAGGUCGCACCGGCUGGUUCCCUUCAGACUGCGUGGAAGAGGUGGCGGCUCUCGGCAAAGACAAUCGAUCAGAGACGCGGAGCGACAAAGCCAAGAGGAAGCUCUUCCGCAAUGUCACCGUCGGAGCCUAUGACGGCACCGAGGGCCCCAGUGACUACAUCAUUAAGGAGAAGACAGUGCUCCUACAGAAGAAAGACAAUGAGGGCUUUGGCUUUGUGCUUAGGGGAGCCAAAGCUCAGACUCCCAUAGAGGAGUUCACCCCGACGCCAGCUUUUCCUGCUCUGCAGUACCUGGAGUCUGUGGAUGAGGGAGGAGUGGCAUGGAGGGCCGGCCUGAGGAUGGGCGACUUCCUCAUCGAGGUUAACGGCCAGAACGUAGUGAAAGUUGGCCACCGGCAGGUGGUCAACAUGAUCCGACAGGGCGGCAACAGCCUGAUGGUGAAGGUGGUGAUGGUCGCCCGGAACCCCGAACUGGAGGACACGGCUCGGAAGAGAGCUCCACAGCAGACCAAGAGGCUGACUCCUCCCGCCAUCGCCCUGCGCUCCAAGUCAAUGACAUCAGAGCUGGAGGACAUGGUGGACAAAGCAGCCUCUCCGUGGAAAAAGAAAGCAGAAUACGAGUCGUCUCAGGGCCCCGAUAAGAAGAGGACAGUCUAUCAGAUGGCACUAAAUAAACUGGACGAAAUCCUGGCUGCUGCCCAGCACACCAUUACAUCAGACAACCAGGGCCAGAGAGGUCACGGGGGAAAGAGGGACCGGAGCAAAAGCAUUGUUGCAAAUGAGCAACCCUAUGAGCAGCAGGCUUCUGUGAGCUUGGUGCAGCCUGGGCCCGGCUUUGGCUACAACCAAGCUCAUUUCCAACCGGGCCACGGUCCUCAGCAUGCGGUCAUGAUGCGGCAAAAAUCUAUCGGCGUAACAGAGGAGGAAAGGCAAUACCUCCACCCACCUGCUAUGAAGCUGGCUCGCAGCCUGUCGGUGCCAGGGCCAGAGGAAAUCCCCCCACCCCCCAACACCUCUGCACCAGAGCCCCCUCUAUCUGCAGGACCUCAUCCUGGCAGAGGCCCGGCUAUGCCCAUACCCUCUGUCUCUCAAACCCAUUUCCAGUUCCACUCCCAACAAGUGCAUCCUACUCAAGCAGGCUGGGAGAGGGGAGUCCCCGGUGGGAUGAGCCAGCAGGUUAUGGUGCCCACCCUCCGAAGACAGUCGGAAGGACUAUGUGGCAGAGAGCAGGAGGCGCCCAGGAGAGGUGGGGGCAAGAUGGGGGGGUUAAGGAGAGGCUACAGCAGUGCUACGCCGCCUACAAGUGCGAAGCCGAAGGCCCAGCAAGCGCAGCCGCAACACACGCACAUGGCCAACCAGCAGGGGGGAGGGGUUGGCAGGGGGGCGGCCAGGAGGGGCGGCCGAGGGGCGCUGAUGAAGCAGUCCAAGGUGGAAGACGGCCUGCGGCAGCACCGGGGGAAGGGGGGCACGGCCAAGGAGAAGAGCUCCAUCCCCAUCCCCACCAUCAUUGUUAAAGCCCCCUCCACCAGCAGCAGCGGGCGGAGCAGCCAGGGCAGCAGCAUGGAGGCGGAGCCCUCCCAAGACGCCGGGGACCAGACAUCGGCCGACGCCGGCCCGGACAGCCUCAACGCCAACCUGCCCUCGCCUCUCACCCCCUCGCCGCCCCAGCCCCCCACAGCCAGCCCCAUGGCGUCGUCGACCGCUGCGCCGCCGGUUUCCUCGCAGCAGAUCUCGGACAACUUGGAAUACACGUCGACGUUCGGCACGGCGACCGGGGGAGGGGGCGCGCGGCGAGAACGGGAGCGUUUUAGGGAGAUGCGAAGGAAGAGCGCGUCGUUCUUCCUCUCGUCCGAGGAGGACAUCCAGGGAGAAGCCGGGGGAGGCGUGGGCGAGGGAGCAGGACCAACAGGACCCCGAAUCCAACCUCUACAGGGCUCCCAAAUGGAGGUGCCCGCCCCACGACUUCGACCCUCCAAGUCUAUAGAUGAGGGCAUGUUUUCUGGAGACAACUACAUCAACUACUCCAGCAGCAUGCCCCCAGCCUUUGGCCUGCCAGAGUAUUCCUCCCCUGUCCUCAGUCAGGAUGGACAGCCAAAGUCGGCCCCCUCCAUGUACGGCGCUCAGCCGGCUACUACCUUUAUUCACCCGCUGACGGGGAAGGUUCUGGACCCCUCCUCCCCACUCGGCUUAGCCCUGGCUGCAAGAGAAAGAGCCCUUAAGGAUGACCACAAGACUCGCAGAGAGGACAGGCACUUUGGUCGGCAGUUGUCCACAGUUGGGUCGUUCCCCACCCCGGUUCAGACCCCAACCCCUUCUCUCUUCGCAACCCCUACACAAUCAACCUACAAUUCUCCAGUGUCCCUCCACCUGAGCUCUCCCACCACCACCACCUCGCCUGCAUCCCUGAGUCGGCCACAGUCACCAAGGAUUUUACGUUUGGGAGGAGGUGGGGAGAGAAUGGACAGAGAAAAGGAGGGAGGACCUAGGGAGGGUCUUAGAGUUCGCUUUUCCGAGGACAGAAACAGUCAGUAUUCAACCCAGUAUUACCCACAGAGCCCCAGGGAGCGAGAAAGAGACAAGGAGGUGUACGACGCUCGGUCUGCUCCACCCAUACAGCCUCCUCCACCUCCAGCUCAGCCCGCACCCCGCAGACCUUCUUUUCUGCAGAUGGAAAGUGCUCCAAACACCAGCUACAUCCCACAGUACACCGUCCCCACAGCCCCGGCUCAGACACAAGACGCUAUGGGAGAGCAAAGGGCAGGAGCAGGUGGAGGUCUGGGACUGAUGGUUCUCCCUCCACCAGCUCCGUCAGUAGAUGCAGAUGAUGAGUUUGUCUUUGCAGAUCCCCUGCCUCCUCCUCUACAGUUUGCUAAUGGCAAGAGAGAGAGAAUCCAGGCGUCUCAUCAGCAACAUCAGCACCCAAGUCAGCACUCUGCUGCUGCUCCACCCCCUCCGCCCCCUCUUCCGUCUCCCAAGUCCUCGACUGCCCAAGCCUCUCCACAGGGUGGUGACUCUGCCGCCUCCAGCCUCACGUCUUACGACAGCGAAGUCGCCAACCUUACGCAGUCAGCUUUUUCCCCGUCUUAUCCAUCCCCACAGAUAUUUCCCCCUUCCUCCACCAACACCACCUCCGCUUCUGCUCUGCCUCCGACAUCACUACACAGACCUCAGCCCGUGUCCCAGCCUCAUCCCUAUUACAGCGGUCCCAACGACCACUCGGUAGGUGGUCACCCCCCAGCGCAGGACAGAGGCACAGCUGCCCUCACCACCACCAUGACCUAUGCUACCACUACCAUGACCGCUACUGCUGCCGCCACCACCACCACGAUCUCACCAGCUUCAUUUGAAUACAGCAUUACCAUGGCUGGGCCCAAAGCUGGCCUCAGCACGGGGGGCAAAGCUGCUGACCACUCACAUCACACUACAGGUACGCCUAAGAGUGGAGACUGGCAAGAUACUGUGGUAGACUCUGGUAUUGAGGAGCUGGACAGUCAUAGCAGUAGCGACCACCAUUUAGAAAUGCUGGGGCUGAGGGGAGAGAGGGGAGGGGUCCUAGGAGAGGGAGAGAAAGGCGGUGAACAUCAGGAUUCUUGCACAACCUACUCAGGUGGGCAAAUAUAUGAGGUGCACAGUGCCAAACUGGCAAACCCCGUGUUUCCAAAGAUGACUCAUUACAAGGAGGGGGGAGGGAGGGUCUCAUCUGUAGCGUUACGUAGGCAGAACAGCACCAACCCUGCUCCUCUGCAGUUGCACAGACAAACCAACCCGGAAGAUGCCAGGUUAGAUGGAGCUCUCCUAGAUGAAAGGAAGUGUAAGCAAAGUCGAGACAAAAUGGAGGACGGCUUUAGCUCGGCCCUCGCUGCCUGCUUAGAGAGGCCUAUGGACGCUCGGUCGCUGACCUGGGGGGAGGUUGAGGAACAUGAGCACGGGGGAGGAGUCCAGAGGCCUAGCAUGGUUUUGGAGGGCCGCAGGCUGCAUUCGCCUCUUUCAGGCGUAAAGGCCAGUAUCAUUAAUGAACUAAGCUCCAAACUGCAACAGAUGAGUAGCAUGAAGAGCAUGGACGACUGGGGUCACGCUCCCAAAUCACCCACCAUGCACAGGUACUCAGCGGAUUUCACCGAUGCAUUUCACAGCCCCCCUUCCGGGCGCUCCACCUCGCCGUUACCCACUUCCUCCCCGCAGCAUCGUCAGAUCCUGACGCCGAACCUGUCGGCCACCCCGUCCGUCUCCCCCUCCCCUCAAGUACCAGUUCAGCGCAACUGGACCCGCUCCCCGUCUCCACAGAUGCCUUCAUCCCCGGUGCAUUCGCACCCUCCCCAUUCCCCGACCUACUGCCCGUAUCCAACAUCACCGAAGCAUCGAUCCAAGAUGCGAAGGCAGACUUUUGAUUUCCAGUGCAGUCCCACAAAGGAGCGGUCUGCAGUCUCCCGGCGCCGAGCUCCGAGUCCUCUUAUUUAUAACACCGAGCAACCAAACCCCACACCUCCCAGACCUUCCUCUCUUCCCAUUCUUCCCAGCACACCUGUCUACAGCAAUCCUUUCGACUUCCCUGGGCCCCUUACUCCUCCAUCUCCAGGCAUAUCCCUUGGUGACACCUACAAGGCUUCAACACCUCCCCUGUUCUCCCCAUCUGGCAUACAAAGUCCAAACCCUUUACUUGUGUCCCGCUCUAUGUCCCCCACUCAUUUUCUCUCUGGGGCCUCCUCCCCUUUGCACUUGCCCCCUAGUCCAUCUUGCCUGAAUUAUCCCCAUCUCACUCCUCCUCCACCAGCCAAACCCUUCGCCGUUAAGCCGCUGCCCUACUGGACCAAGUACGACGUGGCAGACUGGCUGGCUUACCUAAACCUGGGUGAACACCGGGAGCGUUUUAUAGACAAUGAGAUCGACGGAUCGCACCUCCCUUCGCUCACCAAGGACGACUUCUUGGACCUGGGGGUGACACGCGUCGGACACCGCAUGAACAUCGAGAGGGCGCUGAAGAAACUCACUGACAGGCGGCUCUCUCCUUUGCAUGUCACUACUUCUCCCCGAGACACAGACUGACACGGUGACGGGGUGAUAUAGAGAUGAAAGAAAGAGGGAAAACUAAUUGAAAGAUGAACAAUAAUAGAAGAUGUACAAGAGAAGAACAGCGGACAUCAACUAAAUGCUGGAUAUGAGGAGAGUGUUGUCUUAAAUCUGCUACACGUGUAGUGAAAACCUCUACAUGACGUUUACUGGUCGAGAAAGUGUACGAAGGAUUUAAUACUAUUAUUUCAAAAAUGACAAUCUUCAACUGAAACUAUAUGUUAGAACUUUUGAUGGACAUGCAUUUAAUUAAACCCCAGUUCUGUGCUGUAAAACACAAACACCUAUACACACACACACACACGCACACACAGUUCCUUUCGCGCGCCGACAGACGGAUUCCGGCACCAUCUGCUGCAUAGCUGCGCCGAGGAAAACCUCCGCCUGGGUUCAAGGAAAAGUCGCAAAGUUGCUGCUGAAAACCCCAAAAUGUUUCUGCUCCCAACAUCCGUUUUGUAGCUUCACGCAGACGAGACAUGGGUUUUGUUUGUAAAUGCUGACAGAAACCAGUUAUAUACAGCUAUAGUAUUCUUUUUAUAUUUGCUAUACUCCUCCAAAGGACCCCCCAAUAAGCUUUGUAUGUAUGUACUUUGCGAGCACUGACUAUAUCUUACAUGUUAAAGGAGAUUCAGUAUAGAGCCAUUUGUUUUGUACCAAGUGGUCGCAAUCAUUCAUUUCAAACCGGUCAGGGUAUUUAUAUUAUGUGAAUAUGAGGACAUACAAAUGCUGAGAAGAUGUUGUUGUGAAGUAGAUCAGAGAUGGAAAGAGUCUGGUGUCAUUUCAACCUGCACAUUUUCUUUUGUCCCAUGACAUUGGCGUUUCGUGGGCACAGCACGGGUGGAGGGUGGGCUCGGUCCACUUUGGCGGCGCCGUGUUAACCGUGCGCGCUCACGCAGCAGGUGCAGUGAUCAAAAAAGGGCUUUUCACCACUUCCACGUCUGCCUCACCUCAGUCUUCAGCCUCCGUGAGUCUGUGUUGCUGAUUUUGUGCGUGUGUGUUUGUCAACCUGCAUUGGUGCCAAUGCCCCCCCGACGUACACUUUUCUCUUUCUAAUGCCUUUUCAGAGACAUAUUUAUAAUAGACAGAAAACACUGAUGUUUUCUCUCUCGUUGACAAUCCAAGCGGCUCCAUUUUCCACACAAACCCUCAAAGACAAAGGCUAAAACCUAAUUGUUUGUCGGUGACAGUAAAUUCUGUAUAAUGCACAGAGAUGGACACACGAACACCAGUUCAGCAAUUUCCUGCAGUGACUCUAACUGUAAGGCAACAACACAUCAUUUAUAGAUCUGUAUGUAACAACAAUGACAAUUAUAACAUAUAGUAUAAUAAAGAUAAUAUUAGUUAUGUAAACAUUUUUAAGAUCUCUGUCUUCCAGUAGUGUGGACACAAUCUUUGACGCUUCGUUUUCAUUUCGGGUUUUCUGUAAGUGCUUUCUAUACUGCUGUGGCCCCGGUGAGGCCGACACACAUUAGCUAACGCAUAUUCUCUCCGUGUGAGUAAAAACGAUGACACUGUAGUCUCAUGCUCAGCUGCCUCAGUGCUAUGACAUGAUGGAUGCUCUCGUGAGAACUCAAAGGACUGAGCAGUAGUGUAGAAAGCAUCACAUACUAUAAUUUAAAGGAAUAUUUUAGGUCUAGUCAAAUGCAUAAUGAAUAUGACAACAUACAGUAUGAGAAUAGUAUGCAGAGAUUAUAUAUAUAUAUAUAUACAUAUACAUGCAUAGAUAUAUGUAUAUAUUUAUAUUUAUGAAUAUAAAGUUUUGUUUAAAAUUAAAUAAAAUAUAUACUGAUAAAUGAUAUGAUAGAGGUACAACUGUACAACUAAGGUGUUGAAAUAAAGGCUAAAAUAAACUGUGGCAUUGUUGUGAUACUAA